AUCGCAUCGCGCGGCGGGGAGGGCGGGGCUUGGUCACCCCCCCCCCAAUCUACACCGGCUCAGUAUCCCACCAAAUCAGAUGAGUACAAACCGAGCGGCGGCGCCCGAGCUCGGAGCGCACCGGUGAUGAUCUGGGGACAGCUGUGGAGGUGAGGCAUGCGCGCUCGCUGGGGGGCCGGGUUCGGGCAGGUGUGAGACCUGUGGCGCUCCUUGGAGGAGGAUCUGGACGCCGCUUCUUUUGUUGUUUUUAUUUUUGGUCUGCCGCCGUCCUGGCUCUCUGCAGCCGCGCACGGACGUAUCCGACCGUCGGAGCAUGGAACACAAAGCCCGUGCUCGUGAGCGCGCCAGCCCCCUCCGGGAGCCUCUCCAGCUGACUAUGCGCUCGGACAUCCCCUGGUCGCCUUGAUGAGGGCGCCUGCUCGGUGAUACUCCUUCUUUCCCGCAGAUUGUUAUUUUGUUGGUCACAUCCCGGAUUAAUCUGCCCCCCCCUGGACGUCCUUAUUGUGACAAAGGGCUGAACAGAGAGGGUGCACGCAGGGCGACAGAGGGGGGGGGGGGGCUUUGGCUUUGCGAUGGCAGGCGGCCCGCCCGAAGCGCAGGACCACCCGGCGGAGAACGGCUUCACCCCGCUGGAGCGCCCGGUGCCCCGGCUGCUGCCGCACAUCGACGGCUGCGUGCUGCCAUCUCUGGGGGGCUUCGGGAGGCAUCAGAAGCAUCUGGUGAUUCUGACCUGGAUACCGGCAUUGUUUAUCGGCUUCAGCCAGUUCUCGGACCAUUUCCUCCUCGCGCAGCCAAACAGCACGUGCCUGCAGCCGCGCGGCAACGCCAGCAACUGGACCGGGGUUCUUCCUCCGCUGGCGUCGGCGAGCGGCGGCGGCGGCGCCCCCGCGAGCCAAUUCAAAGGCAACGACAGCGGAGAGGAGCCGCCGUGCUCCUGCAAGGAGUGGAAGCUGGAGCUGCAGACGGGACUGAGGCAGAACGUGGUUACCAAGUGGAAUCUGGUCUGUGACUCGGCUUGGAAGGUUCAUAUUGCCAAGUUCUCCCUGCUCGUUGGCUCUAUUUUUGGCUACCUGGUGAUGGGUGUCAUGGCUGACUGGUUCGGUCGACACCCGGUGUUGAUCCUGUCGGUGCUUUUCAUGCUGGUGUUCGGUCUGACUGUAGCCUUCUCUGUAAAUGUCACCAUGUUCAGCACAUUGCGCUUCUUUGAGGGUUUCUGCUUGGCGGGCCUCGCUCUCUCCCUCUAUGUGCUCAGGAUUGAGCUUUGUUUGCCAGCCUGGCGCUUCUCCAUGACCAUGGUGGCCAGUUUUCUGAAGGUGGGCGGGCAGCUACUGAUGCCAGGAGUGGCUGCUCUCUGCCACCAUUGGCCAAACCGAGAUGACUGGCAGGUGCUGCAGAUUGUCAUCAUCAGCCCUUUCGUUCUGAUGCUGCCCUACGUCUGGAUUUUUCCCGAGUCGCUGCGCUGGUUGCUGGCCACCCAGCACUACAAGCGAUCCAAAGAAAUGAUGCUGCGCAUCGCCAGGAAGAACCGGGUAGACAUGUCGACAGAACCUAGCGGACUUCUUACAGAACUGGAGCAGGAGCUGCACAAGAAACCCCAGCGGAGCUGUAUAGUCCGGAUGAUGAGCACCAGGAACCUGUGGAAGAACAUCGUGGUGCUGUGUGUCAACUCCCUGACAGGUUACGGGAUUCACCACUGCUUCGCUCGCAGCAUGAUGGACCCGGAGGCCCAGCCCACAGCGCUCUGCCACGCCGACUAUUACACCAUGGCUGGCAUCGCUGUGGCCACCUGCCUGGCGCUCUGCCCCGCAGUGGGGCUGAUGGGACGGCGGGGAGGGCUGCUUACCUUCAUGAUCAUAACGGCACUGGCAUCGCUGCUACAGUUGGGUCUGCUAAACUUAAUUGGGAAGUACAGCCUUCGCCACGACACAGUCCUGCGCGACACGCUGAACAGGAAGUUUUCGGUGGCCUUCUCAAUCAUCGGGAUGUUCUCCUCUCACGCCGUCAGCACGCUCAGCAUUUUCUUUUGUGCAGAAAUCACCCCCACCGUCAUCAGGGGUGGGGGUCUGGGCCUGGUCCUGGCGAGCGCCGGCUUUGGGAUGCUCACCGCUCCCAUCAUGGAGCUCCACAACCAGAAGGGCUACUUCCUGCAUCACGUGAUCUUCGCCUGCUGCACGCUGCUGUGCAUCAUCUGUCUGCUGCUGCUGCCGGAACCGCGGGGCCAGCCCCUCCCCGAGAGCCUGGCCGACGGAGAGACCUUCACGCGCCAGACUCUGCUCCAACACGGAGAGCAGCACCUUCUCCUGGCCAAGUGCGACAAGGACUACUCCCGCGUCCACGACACACCGCUGCACCUCACAGCCACCGGGAGCGCCACAGUGGCGGCGGCCACCGCUCUGGCAGCGGUUCCUGCCUCUUAUGCUCUCGCCACAGGCGGGGAGGUGAUUGGAAAUUGCGCCAUAGCCAAUGGGGUCUGACCGCCCUCUGCUGCGGCAUCAGACAGACUCAUCGCAGACUCGUGAACAAAACCGUGAAGGGAAACAGAAACCUGAUGAACUCUCUAUUGUGAGGUUUGUGAUGAAGACUGAUGAUGAAGCACUGUUGCCAAAAAACAACAACAGAACAAGUGAAGUCUGUAAGCAUUCUGAGCGUUGUGGUGGGGGGAGGCACUGGCAAUUGUCUUGGGCAGCAGUCAGAGGGGUGCGUGGGGGUUAGGGGGGGGGGGGGGGGGUCAUGCAAUAAGAACUUUUAUCUUUUUAAAUUGCCCUUUUCAAGAAGGAAUGCUACGCCACUGUCCUGACGCAGAAACACAGGAAAAGACUUUUGAAAUGUCUGAGAGACGUCACGAAAGUCACAGGAAUAAAAACAUUUGCAAGAUGUUCUAAUCUAUAAAGUAUAAGAGUAAAUGCAUUCUAAGUCCAGACAUGUCACCAAGACAAUUUUAUGAGAUGAUGAUGAUUUCAGAGACUAAACAGAGUCAUUUUAGACAAGAAUUAGAGCUGCUAGUGGGUUUAAAAACAUUCAGCUGUGAUGUAAACGGCAGGUGAAUAUAAGCCCAGAUAUUAACAGAAGUCUGGAUGUGACAAACAUCUGUGAGGCAGUCUUUUAUUGAAAGCCAAGCGGAAAAGAUGCCUUUGUCUGGUUUGUCUAAAGCAAAAUGAAUAUGAAUAUGAAUAGAAAUAUAUAAAUAUGUUCAUUUUAAAGUUCCUAUUCAGGUAAAACAUAGAAUAUAUGAUUUUAAUUAGUUUUCACUCCUGAGAUCUGCAGUAAUUCAGGCCACAGCUCUGGCAUUAACGCUGUCAUAAAAUGAAAAGAAUUUCCUGAAAGGUUUUUAGUGUAAAAUCCAUGGACUGCAUAUGAGAACUGGACGGAGUGACUCCUCCCCCCUCACGUUUCAAACAGGAAGUUCUGCUGACUCCAAGAAACUCAGACUUCAAUUGAGAAAUAAACAGCUAUUACUCAGUUCCUCCAUUUGUCAAAAUAACCAUUCUUGCCCCACUAGCAUAACUUGCCCCUUUUUCUUUCGAAUCCAAAUUGUUUUCAUAUUUUUACUGUAGCAGAUGUUAUACAAGUUAUCAACUGACCAAUCAGAUGCCUAGAUAAAAGGAGGUGCUCUCGCCUUCAAUCUGUUUGACAGAUUGUCCCAAGCCCCCUUUCAAGUGGUAGUGGUGUGGACUUCCGACAAGCUCACUCCUGAUUGGCGACAGUAGUUGCCAUAGAAACGUUGACCGAGACCGACUCGGGCCAAUCACUUACCGACGUCGUCCGGCUCCAACAUGCCAGUGUCCGAAUGAAAAAAAUGGCACCAGAACCACACUGCAUUUUGUUGGACCUGGUAAACUAUUUUUUAUGGGUGAUGUCCCGCUCGUCCAGUCUAGUUUUCAUAUACAGUCAAUGGUAAAAUCUCCAUUAUGCGCCCCCCCAAUAUAUUAACAAAACUCAUUUGUGGCGUUUCGGUAUUUGAAAGCUCAACAGGCGUUUUUUCAGAGCAGUGACGUCUGUGCGUUCCCUUCACAAAAUUCUAUGAAGUAAGACUUCAAAUCAUACUUUUUAAGCAAGUCUGGACUUCAUUUUUUUUAUAGUCUGACUGAUAUAUUUGGAAAGUGACCCUGCCUGACCCCACAGAGGCUGCAGACAGGUGAAGCGUGAGCUUUGCUCUGGGACUUUUCUUUGUUGCUUUCCCACAUUCUCCACAGGUUCUUUUUGCACUAAAUGUUAAAGACACAAUCAGGUGUUUGUGAAUUUCAGCCAAGAUAGUGGAAAUCCAGGGUUGGGCUAAAACCACGACGAUUUCUUUUUAAUGCAUGAAAAGGCACAACAUGAUUUUAAUUUUAGUCUCUGUUGUGGUCUUGAAUAGAAGUCACUUUAUGUGUAACGGUGAGGCCGGUGUAGACUUCUAACCUAACACCGUGGUGGGCGCAUGAUGGCUGUCCAUCAGCCGGAGAAUCGACGCCACCACAUUUGGGAGCUGAAUGGGCAUUUUGGAGUGACCUUCGCCGUGUCUGAUGACGCAUCUCAGAUGGCUUUAAUGUGAUUUUCUUUUUUUUUUUUUUUAGACCAGAUCGAAUGAAAUCAAAGAAAUUCUGGAUUUAUUUUUGAAUUCCACAGAAGCGAGGGGAGGGGUGUUAGCUAGAAACACUCUGUAGAUACUUCCACACCUCCUCCUCUUCCUCCUUUGCACCGUGUUGUGAACCUCAGUUCCUCUGAACAGAAAGCACAAUAUUCAACCAUUUUCUGGAGUAAGUGUUUGUGAGGAUUAGAGUAGAGCAGUGUAGGUCUGGCCUCGUGACUUGUGUAGGUUUAACCACUUUCCAAACCCAACAUCAACCAGAACUGCAUCAAUAUUCAUAGUUUGCCGACUUGUGCCAAUUUUUCUUUCUUCCAAAACAUAAAGACGCCUAAAUCGUGACUCGUUUGUUUUCUUGAAAUACAAAUAGUUUCCAUAUUUAGCACAUAGCUCACAUGUCUGGUUACUAGUUUGUAUGUUUUCAACAUAAAAAAGCCACUAAUACUGUUUUUUAAGUGUUAUUUUUUAAUAAGAUGCAUUUGUACAAAAAGCCAUAGGCCUACCAGUUUUGAUAAACCUCCUAAUUUAUUAUGCUAAUAAAAAAAGCAAACAAA